AUGCCUUCCUUUCCACUGCAAGGCUCAGUCACCAUCUGCGAAAUCAAUCGAGACCUAAUUGUAGCUGAAUUCAUCUCUGAUGAUAGAGCCAAGGACACUUAUGGAAAAAUUCUAGGAAUGGUGUUUAGUCCAAUUCCAUUUCAACCAGAGCAAUUGGGAUCAACCGGCAAAGAUCAGGAAACUGAACACCAGGAAAGAAACAAUGGCGAGAGUUUUGAAAGGAAAGGUUUGGUCAAAUCAUUGCAGUACCUUGUUAAUGACUCGAUAAAGCGAAUGUUUUACCCCAAUUGUGUACACUUGUUACCAGAGAUUGAUCUUCAAGGAGUGAGCUGGCACCAACAUAAGCAUAUUAUUGCAUUUAUUUCGGGUCCAAAUCAGGUUAUAGUUCGUGAUUAUGAAGAUUCAGGGAAGGACGCUUCCAUUUUAAGCAAUGGGGCUCAGAGAGAUAUCAAGGCCCUUGAGUGGAGACCAAAUGGUGGAAAGUCACUUUCUGUAGCAUGCAAGGGUGGAAUCUGCAUUUGGGCUGCUUCUUAUCCAGGUAAUGCAGCAACUGUGAGACCCAGUGCUGCCCCCUACUUGGGAACCCUUACGAGAGGCUCUGGAGGUCGAUGGACUCUAGUGGAUUUUCUUCGUAGUCAUAACGAGGAACAAAUAAGUGCGCUAUCUUGGAGUCCUGAUGGAAGAUAUCCUAAUCAAUUUAAAUUUGAAGUUUUAUACUUCACAUUUUUGGCAUCUGCAUCAUGUGAGAGUUCCUCAUUCACCAUAUGGGAUGUCUCGCAAGGUUUAGGGACACCCAUUCGACGGGGAUUAGGAGGCAUAUCGACACUGAAAUGGUCACCUACUGGGGAUUACUUUUUUGCUGCAAAAUUUGAUGGGACAUUUUAUCUCUGGGAGACAAACACAUGGACGUCUGAACCUUGGUCUUCGUCUAGUGGCUUUGUCACGGGAGCAACAUGGGAUCCUGAUGGCCGUAUAAUAGUGAUUGCUUUCUCUGGAUCUUCGACAUUGGGCUCCAUUCAUUUCGCAUCAAAGCCUCCGUCUUUAGAUGCACAUCUGUUACCAGUUGAUUUGCCAGAGAUCACAACCUUGGCAGGCAGUGAAGGAGUUGAGAAGGUAGCCUGGGAUGCUUCUGGUGAAAGAUUGGCUAUAUCUUAUAAAGGAGGGGAUGAUAAUUACAAAGGUCUUGUUGCGAUAUAUGAUAUUAGAAGGACACCCCUGAUUUCUGCGUCACUAAUUGGGUUUAUUAGAGGGCCUGGAGACAAUCCAAUGCCAAUUGCAUUUUCGUUUCAUGACAAGUUCAAACAGGGACCAUUGCUUUCUGUGAGUUGGAGCAGCGGAUUUUGUUGUACCUACCCUCUAAUUUUUCACUCUCACAGUCUUCCAUAA